UGGCGUGUCAUUUCAUAUUAAACCCGAUUUAUUCACGUUACCUGUGCAACAAGCUGGAAUGUGGUAGGGUGUGACGAAACAUAUCAGAUCAUUGUAGAAUGUAAAUAUAGCAAAACGAAAGUAGAACACGGGAAAUACCUGAAGAUAUUUCACUACUGUACAGUCACACCUGGGAUCUGCAGAAUUAGUGCAUGACCAAGACUUACGUACUUAUGAAAGAAAAGAUGCUCUUAUAUAUCCUCAUAGUUCUGAUCGAUCAGUCUGUUACCUUAGCUUCAAGCUGUCGUGCAUCAACAGCAACCAUAUCAUAUGUAUCUUCCUGUCCGAAAAACAAAGAGGAGUGGGAAAAGGCGUCCAGAUUGAAGAAUUGUGAAAGCAUAGCAGUCAUUCAGAAUUGCACAGCUCCUGUAAAUUUUAAAUAUCACUGUUUGAUGAACCAUUGGCGAAACACAACAUUGGAAGUCUGUGCACCAAUAUUCUACAUACAAGGUUAUUGUGCCGAGUACAACACCCGCGUUAAAGAAGUGGUGGAAAACUACAACGAAGGAUUUGAAUGUCUGACGUUCCCUGAAUCUCAAAGAUGUCCGGCAAGAUACGCGUCAAAUGAGGCCUACAAAUAUCAGGCGUGCUAUAUUUACAACCAUGAACGAACCACAACAACAUCAAGAGCAGUAACUAAUGUAAUAUAUAUUACUGAAGCAGCAAGGUCUGAAGAGAACGGUGUGAUUUGCCUUGAGUUCAUAAUCAUAGUGUGCCUAUUGCUGCUUCUCUUUUUAAUUACCCUGGUACUUGUUUUGGUCAAGUACAGGAGACAAAUUUCGGACAAACUCUUCCCUGAAGGGUGUAAAUCUAGAGAUAACCAGUCAUCAGAUAUUAAAGAAGAGGAAAACAUAGGUCUUCUUCAUACAGACAAGCACACUAAUGCAGAUCAAGCUUCACAGCAAGACGAAAGCAAGGUAUCACCUAAUGCGGAAUUAAGUGCAACCACUGUAUCUGCUUCACUGCCAGGCGAACGCGAGCGGUCAUCUAAUGCGGUAUUAAAUGCAACCACUUCAUCUGAUACACAAGCGACUCUAAACAUGGAAAAUGUUGAGGGAAUCCAAGUUAACGGGCAAGGUUUAGAGACUAUCGGUAUCAAGUCCACAGAGCAGAAUAGCAAAACUUCACAGGAAGACGAAAGCAAAGCGUCAUCUAAUGCGGAAUUAAGUACAACCACUGUUUCUGCUUCACUGCCAGGCAAACGCGAGCGGUCAUCUAAUGCGGAAUUAAGUGCAACCACUUCAUCUGGGCAAGGUUUAGAGACUAUCGGUAUCAAGUCCACAGAGCAGAAUAGCAAAACUUCACAUCAAGACGAAAGCAAGACGUCAUCUAAUGCGGAAUUAAGUACACCCACUGUUUCUGCUUCACUGCCAGGCGAAAGCGAGCGAUCAUCUAAUGCAGAAUUAAGUACAACCAUUUCAUCUGGGCAAGGUUUAGAGACUAUCGGUAGCAAGUCCACAGAGCAGAAUAGCAAAACUUCACAGCAAGACGAAAGCAAGGCGUCAUCUAAUGCGGAAUUAAGUACAACCACUGUUUCUGCUUCACUGCCAGGCGAACGCCAGGGGUCAUAUAAUACGGAUUUAAGUGCAACCAUUUCAUCUGAGAAAGCUAUAAAGAGUAUCGGUAGCAAGUCCACAGAGCAGAAUAGCAAAACUUCACAGCAAGACGAAAGCAAGGCGUCAUCUAAUGCGGAAUUAAAUGCAACCACUGUAUCCGAGAAAGCUAUAAAGAGUAUCGGUAGCAAGUCCACAGAGCAGAAUAGCAAAACUUCACAACAAGACGAAAGCAAGGCGUCAUCUAAUGCGGAAUUAAGUACAACCACUGUAUCUGCUUCACUGCCAGGCGAACGCCAGGGGUCAUAUAAUACGGAUUUAAGUUCAACCACUUCAUCUGGGCAAGGUUUAGAGACCAUCGGUAGCAAGUCCACAGAGCAGUAUAGCAAAACUUCACAGCAAGACAAAAGCAAGGCGUCAUCAAAUGCGGAAUUAAAUGCAACCACUGUAUCCGCUUCACUCCCAGACGAACGCAAGGGGUCAUCUAAUGCGGAAUUAAGUGCAACCACUUCAUCUGAGAAAGGUACAGAGACUAUCGGUAGCAAGUCCACAGAGCAGAAUAGCAAAAAGAAAGGUACAGAGAGUAUCGGUAGCGAGUCCACAGAGCAGAAAAGCAAAACUUCACUCCCAGACGAACGCGAGAGAUCAUCUAAUGCGGAAUUAAGUGCAACCACUUUAUCUGUGGAAAAAUCAAAUGAAAACUCAAAAAUACCACCACCACGGCCAAAGGCUCCCCCAGUACCUACGUCGGAAAGGUCAUCUGAAACGGCACAGAAAAUUGUAUCGAAGCAUGGGAAAAGCAAACAAGCACCAACCCUUCCUCCAGAAAACAUCAACAAACGCUAAAACCGAUAUCUCACUUUGUUAAAGUUACAUGUGAUUUUCUGGAAAAUUCAGAUCUUGGAUCUGCAACGAAAACAAUUGUAUCUCAGUUGCGCAUUGUUUAUUUCUUAUAUUCCAUAAUUAUGUCAUGAAAUACUUGGAUAAUACAUGUAACUAUUAGGUGUCUUCAAGUGGGUCACAAUUACUAUGGAAACUAAACAAGUAUAAGAAGAAAAAUCAGGUUUUAUAUAUUUACUCCUUAAACAAAAACGUAUCACCAUGCCAAGUUUCAUAAAAAUCAACAGCGUUUUUGUACCACUCUAUGUCUGACUAUUACAUAUAUGUGGGUGAGCACUUAAAGGUUAUACGUUAAUCUAAUUAAUGUUCCCCAUGAUAUAUAAAGUAUCGUGUUACUCACUACCUAUGUAAGUGAUACAUGUACAUACUAAAAAACAACCCUCUUAUAAAACUUGAAAGUUAAACCUUGAUUAAUAGAACAAAAUAUCCCUUUUUAUAUGCUAUAUUCUAUUAUAUGUCCUGUUAACAGACAAUGAUUGUAAUCUACUAAUUUAUGAAAGUAGCAAAUUAAUUAUACAUAAUGAACCACUAUAUUCAGAACUCUCCGAUGAAAAUUAGAUAUCUCAUUUGUGUCCCAAUAAUUUAUAUCACUACUCAUGUUUUGUUUAAAAACUUCUACGUGGGAGGAAGGGGUCUCUUGCUGUGGCCUUCGGUUCGGUAUUUGGAUGUGUUGACGAUGAUUUUUUUCUGUUGGCAGUGGUGGCUUUCGUUCAUGUGUCGGUUCGAUAUAUCCCAGUGAACUCGAAAUAAAAGACACCACAUAGUUGUCCGCUGCUGCUUCAUACUUAGUCAUUUUGUUGAAAAUAGAUAUUAACGGCAAACUAACAACUCAACUUUAUGAUAAACGGGAUGGUUUCAGCCUUUUCAUCGUCAACUUCCCAUAUUUAUGUAGCAAUAUUCCAUCAUCACCUGGAUUGGAUAUAGUGUUGAUAUUUCUCAACGGAUUCGAUAUGUAAGAGCUUGUUCUGCGUAUGAUCAGAUUUUAAAUCGAGGCGGUUACUGACAAACAAGUUGAUGAUACAUGGGUUUCAACAGUCUCGUUUAAGUCAGCAUUUUGCAAAUUCUAUGGCUGAUAUAACAAGCUAGCUUGCUAAUACAACCUAUCAUUGAGUCAAAUGCUGUCUGGUGUAUUUCAUAACGAUUGUUAGACCGUUUUUAGCACAACGAUUCAGACUACGGAUUACUCCGUUUACCUGAUCAAAAUAUAGAGCUCUCGGCGGGUGUGACCGGUCAACAGGGGGUGUUUACUCCUCCUAGGCACUUAAUCCCACCUCUGGUAUGUCCAGGAUCCGUGUUUGCCCAACUAUCUAUAUUGUAUUUCUUAUAGGAGUUAUGAGAUUGGUAACUGUCCGUUAUCUUUACCUUUGAUGCAAAUAAUUUAAUAUUACAUAUAAAACGCAAUUUGAUUGGCUGAGCACGCUAAAAUAUUUUCGUUUGUAUUGUAUAAAUAUGACUUGGUAUGGGGACACGUGACCUUGACAUCCAAGACGACACUACUUUUUCAUUUCUAAUUUUACAUUGCACCAUGAAGCACUAUAACCUUGAUAAGCCUUCAAACUAUGAAUUUGAAAAUUAACAAAAUUCAGUAUGAUCUGACAACAACCCCAUUAUUUCUAAACAAAAUGUAGUCUUUUUUUACAGGUAAAGUUACAUGUACACGAAACCUUAACGGUAAAAUUCAAAAACAAACUCUGACAUGUACAACGAUGUCAUAUGUGAAAAUUAAUACAAAACGGUAUAUCAAGUAUUUGCAAAAUUGCUGUUUCAUUAUUGUUUUACUUGGGGGGAUUGCUUAAUCCGCCUAUCGAAGCAUAAAAUGCGUCAUGAAUUUCUACAAUGUAACAGAUAACGUCAACUUUCAUCGAUCAAUGCUGUGAAUUGAUUACAUAAUUUACUGUGUCGGACUUAAUUGGCAAUAAUGCUGCAUGCAAUGGUAAGUCAAAUUGUAGUUUAGCAGUCAUUCUCUGUAACCACUUACAAAACAUCAGCAUGCGUAGUCACCGCUUUUCACAAGAAUCACCUGAAUGAGACAUCUAUAAAGAAAACAUUUUAAAAUUAGAUGUGAUCAUGUUUGGAAACAGGUGCAAUAUUAUCAAAUUUGGCAUUUUUUUUUUUUAGAAUCUGGUUGUAUUUUUGCACAGAAUUUCAAUAUAAAAUAUUAUAUUUAUAUUACAAAUCGCAUUUUCCUCUAUGAACCAACCAAUUUCAGCGUGCUACACAAUCCGUUCACAUUGACUAUGAACGGAUUAUAAACUAAGCCCUAGCUUAAAGCACGCGACUGAGAGAUUUGAAAAAAAUACAACAUGUGUUACAAAGAUCUCCCAAGUCACACCUUUGGAUUAAGAUUGUAAACUUACGUGGAUUAUCAUCCCAAUCUUGGGGUCUCCUACCUCCAAAAUACAGUGCACCUUGCAAUGUUGAUAAAAGGCAGGAUGAGACGAAAUGUGACGUCAUGUCUAUGUGUUGACGUACGUCACAAUAACUACUGUGACAGAGGAUAGGAGUUCGUUUUAUGCAACAAAAUAGAAGCAAUGUAAACAAACGAUAUUUUAGUAAAUGAAUAUAAAUAUAAGAAAUGAACAUCACUUUUGAGCUAGCGCGAUUCACAGAAUUUGCCUCAAAUCCAAAUCCGUCGAUACUGACCAUGAACAGCUCAAAAGUGAUGUUCAUUUCUUAAAUGAAUAGUCUUAAUUAUUUUUUAUUAAAUGAUGAAACAGGU